AACCCGCACACCCACAUCAUACAUCAACAUCAUCAACAUGUUGGGAAAAAAGAUUCUCUAUGGCGCCAUCGCCACUGUCCUCUCUUUCGCUGCCACAGUCGCUGCAGACAACGUCCUGGCCCUCACCCCCAAGGACUUUGACAAGUCUAUUGGCUCCACUCCAGCCCUUGUUGAGUUCUAUGCUCCUUGGUGUGGACAUUGCAAGAACCUUGCUCCCAUUUACGAGGAACUCGGUGAAGCCUUCAGCGGCAAGCAGGAUAAGGUGAAGAUCGUCAAGGUCGAUGCUGAUGCCCACCGCGAGCUCGGAUCCCGCUACGACGUCAAGGGUUUCCCCACGCUCAAGUGGUUCCCCAAGGGAGUCGAGGGCGAACCCGAGGAUUACACUGGAGGACGCGAUCUGGACUCGUUGUCGUCGUUCGUCACAAAGAAAUCGGGUGUCAAGUCUUCGAUUGUCAAGGUCAUCCCCGCGGUCACUGUCCUGACAGAUGCUACCUUUGAGUCGGAGGUCUUGAAGAGUGGAAAGAGCGCUUUGGUCGAGUUCUAUGCCCCAUGGUGCGGACAUUGCAAGAACUUGGCUCCUACCUACGAGAAGGUCGCCCAGGACUUUUCCAAUGACAAGAACACUGUUUUGAUCGCCAAUGUUGACGCCACGGUUGAGAAGAAGGUCGCUGACAAGUACGGCGUUACCGGAUACCCCACCAUCAAGUUCUUCACUGCCGACGGCAAGGUCGAGGACUAUAACGGCGGACGCAGUGAGCAGGACUUUUUGGACUUUAUCAACGCCAAGGCCGGUACCCAGCGUGUUGUCGGCGGAGGAUUGCAUCCUGAUGCGGGCCGCAUUGCUGAGCUGGAUUUGCUGGCCCAGCAGUUUGUAAAGUCGCAGGACAAGGACGAGAAGAAGUCGAUCAGCGAAAAGGCCAUUGAGGCGGCCUCGAAGUUGACGCAUGCGAGCGCAAAGUACUACGGCCGCUUCUUUGAGAAGGCCUUGUCGACGGAGAACUAUGCGGCCACGGAGGCUGCGCGUUUGGCAAAGAUCAUCAAGAACAAGUCUGUCAACAAGGCUCGUUUGGAUGAGUUUUCGAUCCGCCACAACAUCAUCACGGUCUUUAACGCCGUUGCUCCCUCGACCAAGGACGAGCUGUAAAAAAAAAAAGACAUAAUCUUCUGUGGGGAAAAACGAUCAGCCUUUUAGGAAGGAGUAAAAAUAAAGUUAUACUUGGUUAUAUUUUAA